GCAACCGCCAAAAUCACCCUACUGAUUCGAAAAAUUCCGCAAAAGAAAUAAAUUACUGAUUACUCCACCACAUGCACACACAUUUUUCCUUGUAUUCAUCUCUUCCAUUGCUUUUGCAUUUCUAAGUCAAGGCAGGGAAAAUGGCUGGAAAAGGUGGCAAGGGGCUUUUAGCGGGGAAGACGACCGCAGCUGCUGCGAACAAGGACAAAGACAAGAAAAAGGCGCCGACUUCUCGGUCAGCUCGUGCUGGUCUUCAGUUUCCAGUUGGUCGUAUUCAUCGUCACCUAAAGUCAAGAACUAAUGCCCAUGGAAGAGUUGGAGCCACAGCAGCUGUUUAUUCUGCAGCAAUUCUUGAAUAUCUGACAGCAGAAGUGCUCGAGUUAGCUGGAAAUGCGAGCAAAGACUUGAAAGUUAAGAGAAUUACACCUCGGCAUUUGCAGCUGGCCAUUCGAGGGGACGAGGAGCUAGACACCCUCAUAAAAGGAACCAUAGCUGGUGGUGGUGUGAUUCCUCACAUCCACAAGUCCCUCAUCAACAAAACCACCAAGGAGUGAUGUAAACGUGUUUGGCUUACUGCUGUUGAACAGAUGCAUGUGUUUAUUUCUUGAUUGUGUUCGUUUCUCUUGUUCUUAGGCAAGACUGAUAGGGACUGCAGGUUGAAUUUAUAAUUUAGGUUACCUAAUUGAACUAGUAGCUAUGUUUUGAUGAUGUUAUUUUCGUUUUAACAUUAAUAUUAGUAUUAAAGUUUUCAUUGUAUGACUAUGUUCGUACCAUUUGAAUUA